AUGUUCAUUCGUUUAGCAUGUUGCCGUCUAUUGAGACACCGAAAGUUGAUCUACAUUUCUAUAUUCAUUUCAUUUCUACUGUCCUUUGUUUACGUAGUUGUUCUACCACACAUCUUUACGAUCCUCCAGAAACCUUCUAAAAUUCAAGAAGUCUGUCAGUAUGUUAUUCCUAAAGACAGUCCGACAGUUCCAACAAACUCUCGAUGCACAUUCUACGAUUGUUUCAAUAUAUACAGGUGCGGCCAUAAAUUUAAUGGCGAUUUUAAAGUUUAUGUUUAUCCGAUGGCCAGACAUGUUGACGAGGAUUUCAUACCCAUUGGGGGUAAAACGUCCAAAGAAUAUCACACUAUAUUGAGUGCAAUAGUAGAGAGCCAGUACUAUACGACAAAUCCAGAAGAAGCGUGUGUUUUUGUGUCAUCAAUUGAUACAUUAAAUCAAAACCGAUUUCGAGUGAAAGAAACAUCACAGGCUCUCGCAUUAUUACCACAUUGGAAUGAUGGACAGAACCAUUUAAUAUUUAAUAUGGUGCCAGGAACAGCACCAGACUAUAAAACUGUAGUCGAUUUAUCAAUUGGUAAAUCAAUGGUUGCUGGUGCAGGUUUUGAUUCUUGGACGUAUAGAUCAUCUUUUGAUAUUUCAAUAGCAAUUUACAGCAAUUUAGCAAUUUCUUUAAGUAAUAACUAUACCUUUAAACACAGGGCAACAUUCAUCAGCACAGUUCAAACAAAUCUUCAUAAUGAUUUCAUCACUUCUUUGAAAUCAAUUGAAAAACAAAAGUCAACGACUCAAAACAUAACAAUGUCAAUGAUUAGAGUUAUAGAACCUUGCUCACAUAGUGGACACGACAGAACAAUAAUUUGCCAUGAAAACAUUACUUAUAACUAUGCAGACAUACUUGCCGACAGUGUAUUUUGUUUGAUAUUGCCUGGCCCGCGGCUAAUGGAUAUAGUUUUCAUUGAUGCAUUGGCGGCUGGAUGUAUACCAAUAGUAGCUAUUAAUCAUGUUGUAUUACCAUUUUUUGAAGUUAUAGACUGGAAAAGAGCUGUAAUUAUGUGGAGUGAAACUGAAUUAAAUACUUUACUAGACGUAGUUUCUGGUAUUCCUUUGGACCGACGGAAAGAAAUGUCAGCUCAAGGCCGUUGGCUAUAUCAGACAUAUUUAUCUUCGUUGAAAAUAAUUACCAUGACUACUCUUAAGAUAUUAAGCCAAAGACUGCAUCCACAUAGCUCAGAUUUUUAUGAAAAUUGGAAUUUAAGACCACAUCCUGUAUCUGCCAGAAAUCCAUUAUUCCUACCAUAUAUGUCAGAUUCUUCAGGAUUCACAGCGAUAAUAUUAUCCUACGAUAGAAUAGAUAGUUUGUUUACACUAAUAAAUAUGAUCAGUAAGGCCCCAAGUCUGCAAAAGAUUAUUGUUGUUUGGAAUAAUCAAUUAAAAUCUCCACCACCUUUUUCAGUGUGGCCAAAAAUUGAUGUAUCUCUAAAAGUUGUACAAACAACAGCAAACAAACUUUCAAAUCGAUUUUUCCCCUACAGAGAAAUUGAAACAGAAGCAGUUUUAUCUCUGGACGAUGAUAUACUUAUGUUGACUUUAGAUGAAAUUGAAUUUGGAUUUCAGGUUUGGAAAGAAUUUCCUGAUCAUAUCGUAGGUUUUCCGUCCAGAACUCAUAUAUGGAAUAACAAAACUAAUACUUGGAAAUAUGAAUCGGAAUGGAAAAAUGAAAUAUCUAUGGUGUUGACCGGGGCAGCAUUUUACCAUAAAUAUUGGAAUCAAGCUUAUACAUUUAUCAUGCCUAAUAAUAUCAAACAAUGGGUAGAUGAACAUAUGAACUGUGAAGACAUUGCGAUGAACUUUUUAGUGUCCAACACUACAAACAAAGCUCCAAUUAAAAUAACUCCUAAAAAGAAGUUUAAGUGUCCUCAAUGUACAAACACUGAAAUGUUAUCAGCUGACCAAGGACACAUGGCUACAAGAACAUCAUGUGUGAACAUGUUUACCGCUAUUUAUGGUAGAAUGCCGCUAAAGACUGUAGAGUAUAGAGUUGAUCCUGUUCUGUACAGAGAUAUAUUUCCGACAAAAUUGAAGAGGUAUAACAAUGUUGGAGAAUUGUGA